AUGCAAAUGUGUGUUCAGAUCACGAUCUACGACCAAGAAAACUUCCAGGGGAAGCGCAUGGAGUUCACUGCUUUCUGUAAAAACAUCAUGGAAUGCGGCAUGGACAACAUCCGUUCGCUGAAGGUGGAAAAUGGGGCCUGGGUGGGCUACGAACACUCGAGCUUCGGCGGACAGCAGUUUGUUCUGGAGAGGGGAGACUACCCUCGCUGGGACUCUUGGAGCGGCAGCAACGCCUACCAUGUCGAGAGGAUGAUGUCCUUCCGGCCCAUCUGCUGUGCUAACCACAAAGAUUCCAAGAUCACCGUGUUUGAGAAGGAGAACUUCAUGGGCCGCCAGUGGGAGAUGUGCGACGACUACCCCUCUCUGCAGGCCAUGGGCUGGUGCAACAAUGAGAUCGGCUCCACGCAGGUCCAGAGCGGCGCCUGGGUUUGCUACCAGUUUCCAGGCUACCGUGGGCACCAGUACAUCAUGGAGUGCGACCGCCAGGGGGGCGAGUACAAGAACUUUCGCGAGUGGGGCCCCCACGCCCAGACGAACCAAGUGCAGUCCAUCCGCCGGAUCCAGCACUGA